AUGAUUUUUGAAGCGGGAGUAUUUAAGUAAUUUACUUAAAAAAAAUGCAAAAUUAAUUUUUUAUUAAAACAAAAAAGCUGCUAAUAUCAAGUUAAAGAAUGUAUAAUAAAUUAAAACUGAGAUGCGUAGUCUAACUUUGUUCAAUGGCCAAAGGGUAGUGAUACUAUCGAGUAUCCAAUCCUACAAUUCUUGUGAACAUGGAUUGAGAUACCAUAUUGUUAGAACAUGUAAGUUUAGGUACCUAAUCUGAAAUUUACCCAAGCAGAAGAGACCCCAAAAAACCCCACAAUAAAAGCCACACGAAGCUAUUCUCUCGCGCUAAUCAUCAACGCAGAUAUAGGUUCAGGGAAAAAUGGCGUCAAAGCUAGUUCAGUUGCAAUCAAAGGCUGCUCAGGCCUCGCAAUUCGUGGCCAAGCAUGGUACUGCCUACUACAAGCAGCUAUUAGAGCAGAACAAGCAGUACAUCCAGGAACCACCCACUGUUGAGAAAUGCAAUCUUUUGUCAAAACAGUUGUUUUACACUCGUCUUGGGAGUAUUCCUGGGCGGUAUGAAGCAUUCUGGAAGGAGCUUGAUUAUGUCAAGCAUCUGUGGAAAAAUAGGCAGGAGCUUAGGAUUGAGGAUGCUGGCAUUGCUGCUUUGUUUGGAUUGGAGUGCUUUGCAUGGUUUUGUGCUGGAGAAAUUGUAGGUCGAGGAUUUACAUUUACUGGGUACUAUGUUUGAUUGCUGCUUCAAGUUGAUCUGCCUAGUGCUUUCAGAGUUGAAUUGAUUAAGUGUCAACCCUUUUCUUUUUCCCUUUUAUUGUCAAUUGAUCACAACAUACAUGACCAGAUAUGUUAUUCAGCAUAAAAUUUGAAACCAAUUUAGGAAUAACUCAUUACUCUAUUACAAUAUGCACUUUCCUCUGGCAAUUUGAGUUUGAUGAAA